AUGGCCCUUUAUACCAUGGCUCUCACCACCCUGCUGCUCCGCCCAGUACUUGGGCACACCCUGAGCCUCAUGCCCUCUUUCAGCAACUACACGGUCCCCGUCGAGCACAUCUCCUUGCCCGGUAAUCUUGACGGCGCAAAGGCUAACUCCUCGGUGAACGCCUCGACUUCUGACUUUUGGUACUUUGACACGCAGCCUGGAGGUGGUCCUCUUCAACUUUCCGGACCUAGGAACCUCUCAGCCUUUGGUGCUACCGAUGGCGCCACCAUCACCAACGACGAGAAUGGCGUUCGUGGGGAGUGGAAAGGUGUUGACGCCACGUUUCUAGGCACACCGCUGGACAAGCCCAAUGUAACUUACACCAUCACGAUUGACUCUGAUGAGAUUGGUGUAAAUGGCACUCUGGUUUCCGAUCUAGCAUCCCUCCAAGAAAGCACUGCCAAACAUACGCCUCAACAUGUUGCUGAUCAAAGACAGCGCGCACCCGCCCACUAUCCAUGUGCUUUAAACGAACCCGGUGUCAGCGAAGAACUCGUGCCUUAUCUCUACUGGGCCAACGCUGUUCCCGAUGCCGACGCAGAUGUUGACAUCACUAUUGAUGGCGAGCGCAUCAGCUUCGUCAACGGCGUCGGAUACCACGACAAGAAUUGGGCCGAUAAGUCCAUCAUCAAAUCGCACAAGUUCUGG